AUGUCUUUUGAAUCGUUAGCAAACGAAUUAUUUCUCGAAGUAUUUAAAUAUCUUUCAACAUCACAUAUUUAUCAUGCAUUUCAUGGUCUGAAUGUUCGUCUCGAUGAACUUAUUCUUGAAUAUUUUCGAAAUUCUCAUCUCGAUUUUCGAUCGAUAUCGAAGCUUGAUUUCGAUAUUAUUGUUCAAGAAUAUUUACCAGGUAUGCUGGAUCGAAUAACUUCACUUUGCCUGUCCGAUGAUGAUGAUACACCGGGACAAAUCGAUGAUUUUUUUUCACAUGGUUUAGAACUUCGUCAAUUAGUAAAUUUACAUUCUCUUCUUCUGAGUAAUAUUCGAUCGGAGAGUAUCAUGGAUAAAAUCAUCUUAGAUUUACCAUAUUUAUCGAAUUUGACUCAUUUAACUUUCGAACAAUGUUAUUUUCCAUCGCAAAAUACUUUAGAGAAAACCUUCACUUAUGGAAAUUCGAUUUGGAGUUUACCACAACUUAUUUAUCUUUGUUUUAAAGUGAAUUAUAAAUAUCGACAAUCACAUCAUAUUGUUGAUAAAUAUCGUCGAGAUAAUGGUAUUUGUAUUCGUGCAUCAGUGACUUCUUCUACAUUGGAAUGUUUGUCAAUAAUUGGUGUGGCAUACUGCUCUAUAGAUUUGACGGAGUUACACAAGCAUACACCACAUCUUCGACGUCUUUCAAUUGAUGAAUUUACAGUUACACAGAUCCCUUCCUAUGCCAUCAUGCCGCAACUAACCACAUUGAUAAUAUCAUUCUGUUUAAAUUAUACAUGGCAUCGUCCUUUCCUGGAGAUGUUAAAAAAUUUACCUACUUUAAUUUAUUUGAAAUUAGAUUACGACUAUGAAUAUCCAUCUAUGGGUGGGGAAGAUUGGAAACAACUUAUUCGUAAUCAUUUACCACAACUUCAACGAUUAGAAUUUCGAAUGUUGAGAUGUAUGUCUGAAUACUCAUCAGAAGAGGAACAAAUUGAUAGCAUAUUAAACUCGUAUCGAAGUGAUUUUUGGCUUGUUGAACAUUCUUGGUUUGUUCAAUUCGAUUGGAUUCCAGGCAAAUAUUACGGAUAUUUGUAUACUCUACCGUAUGCUUUCGAUAAAUUCCAAAUAUUGGCAGCGAUUCGUUCAAAAUCAACCUCUUCAUUGGAUCUCAAUGAACAUUCAUAUCGUUAUGUAAAGAGUCUAAUGUAUAAGCCUCGUGUGGACGGUUUGCCAUCCGUGUCGUAUAUUCAAUUUUUCCAUAUUGAACAUCUAUCAAUUGAUUUACCAGUUAGUGCUUAUUUUCAUUGUUUGGUUCCAAGACUCGAUCAUCUGAUUUCAAUCGAUGUACUUUCUGAUAAUUAUGAUGAUCAUUGUCAAGAACAAUUACAAGAUUUACUCGAUCGAGCACCACGUUUAACUUCAAUACGUAUUAGUUGGAAAACGUUGACCAGUUCUCUCCAACAGCUGUUCGAAAGUCAACAUUUAUCUGUCUAUCAAUUAGAGCUACUCAACUAUGGAGGAACUUUCGAUCGAGAACAAUGCAUAAUGCUCAGAAACAUUAUACCAGCUAUUCAAUGUCGAGUACUCAAUCUUGUUCUAGCAGAUCGAACAUGUAUGCUUGAUCUGAUCAAUACAAUGCCUCAUCUGCAAGCACUCAAUGUUCAAUGUCGAAUUGGUAAGCGGCAUCCAUCAUCAAAAUCAACAGAGAAAAACUCUGCAUGGUUACAAGAACAAUUAUCAUCGACAGGUAUUCAUGCAAUAAUUACUCAACAAAAUCAUUUUAUUCGAUUGUGGAUUCGUUAA